CGGAGCUGGCGGUGCGGGCGUGGCGCGGUGACAAGCGCAGCCGUGCGCCAGGGACCGGCUCAGGUUACGGCUUCCUACAGAAAUGAGUGGGGCUGCGGGAGCCCCAUGGGGUUUCUGGUGCCGGGGCCAAGGCCUAUUAAAGGGCAGUGUCCGGGCGGCCGCGGGCUCCGGCAGCGUCGCAGGGUAUGGCGGGGCCGGGCGGUGACGGGGACCUGCGGCGCCUGCUGAAGUUGCACCGCACCGAGAUCGCCAUGGCGGUGGACGAUGUCUUCCCGCUGCUGCACGGCCUGGCUGACCACGAUGUCGUCCCAGAGCACAUGUUCACGGUGAGGCUGUGGAGCGGGUCAGGACGGUCGCGCUGCGGGAGCCGGGGCCGGAGGGCAGCCCGGGACCUUGGGCCGCGCUGUGGCCGGCAGGAGACGCUGAGCCGGACGGAGCGGGAGGGCUCCCACCGYGCCUUCCAUGCGCUGCUCACCUGGCUGCUGGGGCGCGACACUGCCGCCCUCCGCGACUUCUGGGCCGUCCUCUUCAAGGAUUACAACCUGGAGCGGUACUCCCGGCUGCGGCCCCUCCGCGGCACCUUCCCCAGAGAGGUGGAGCUGGGGCGGCAGCGCCGUGGAAGGCGUCUCUCCCCCAGCCCCACGGCACCAGCCUCACACAGACCUCAAGGCAAAAGAAAAGCCCCUGAGGAGCGGGACAGGGCCCGGGUGGCACAGCCCUCUCCCCGGCACAGCGCCAGUCCUGGUAUGGAGACCCAGAGCAGGAUGGAGAUGGGGCGGGGUGCUGCUGCURUGCCCCCCCGAUCCCAUCCUCUCAAUGCCGCAGGGCCCCURCUGAAGGCAAAGACUGUGAAGAAGYCAGAGGGCACAGACACCCCCCGCUCCUCUCGUGCCAGUGCCCUGCAGGCAGUGACUGCCUCCGUGCAGAGACCAGUGGCCGUGGCGGGUGGUGARGUGCCUGUCAGCCAUGUGGCCAUCGAGGGCAUCCUCAUUAAACAUGUGCUGGAACCAGGUAGGUUAGCCUGGCCACCUUCUGCCCAGUUUAGUCCCCAAAUUCAGGCRCCAUCCUCAGGCAGGGGGAGGGGGAAAGGACAGACCCUGCCACAGCCAUGGCUUCAGCCUGUGGGGGUGGCAGUGACCCCCUGCCCACUCCCCUGGGGACAGGAGAACGAGGAUGAGUGUGCAGCAUGUGGGGAUGGCGGUGAGCUCAUCUGCUGUGAUGGCUGCCCCAGGGCCUUCCACCUUGCCUGCCUGGUGCCGCCGCUGCCCCGUGUCCCCAGCGGGACGUGGCGAUGUGGCUCUUGUGUGGACAGCAUGGCUGAGCCGGGCCAGCUGCUGGAGGCAGACUUGGCUGCGGAGAGACCCCCUGAAACCCUGGGGGAGGCAGUGGGGGACCUGCCACCCAGCAGAGCACAGGGGAGCGUCUGCAGCCACUGCUGCGCCCAAAUCCCCACCUCUCGACAGUGUGCUGCUCCCAGUGGGGACCCCAGGGGCUCUGCCCUGACAGUCUGUGUCACCCCGAUGGUGCAGGGAGCUGCAGCGGUGCACACGCUGCACRGGCACCCUGGACACAAGUGGCCUGGGCACCAGCACGGCAGCUGGACACCAGCUGCUCCCGGCAGCCAAGGGUACAGGGACGCUGGCAGGACAUCUCUCCUCCCACAGGCAGAGGAGGGAGCCCUCGGCAGUGACCCUGUGCUGAGCCGAGACGAGCUUGAUGCUCUCCUGGGCGAGAGCACCUGGGAUGGGAUCCUGCAGUGGGCAUUUCAGAGCAUGGCACAGCCCCUCACGGACACCCAAGGACUCCUCGCCCAGCACACAGAGCCAGCAGCAGCUCUACAUCACAGCCUGUGAGCAAACAGCCUCUGGGGCAGCUGUACAACAGAACAAACACAGGCAUCACGGAAGUCCCUAAAAAGCUCACAUCAUGGACAUCACAGCCCAAGAGAACACCAAAAAAUGAUAGGAACAAAGGAAAAUGGAAGGUAGCAGACAGAGACCAUUAACAUAA